AUGGCGGCGGCACGGAGCGCUCUUCUGAAGCACCUCAGGGUGAGAGUCCUCCCCGAUCUCCGCCCGGCCGCGAUCCCCCCCGUCUGUGGCCUCCUUCACCUUCGCCGCGGAUUCUCUGAGGAGGUGAGGGGGACCUUCCUCGACAAGUCUGAGGUUGCCGACCGCGUCAUUACCGUCGUUAAGAACUUCCAGAAGGUCGAUCCCGCCAAGGUGUGUCGUUCUAAUCUACCUCCGUCGUAACUCCUAAACUAGGUUUCAGAUUCGGGUUUACUAGAGCCGGGCUUCUUGUCGCUGUUGUUCCAUUUUGAGUGUUUGGUUCAAUGAAUCACGUCAUUCCUCAUGGCGCUGUACGUCUAAACUCAAUGGCAUUGGGUACGCGGACUUUUCUAACUUUUUUAUUUUUACUUUUGAUCAUUAUAAUCUUGGCCCAAAGCAGGAAACUAAACUCAAUGACCGGUUGUCCUUCUAUAUUAUCUAUUAGACACUGGGUCCACUUGAUUUUCUUCUUCGGUUUAUCUUCGAUGACGGACAGUGUACUUCUCAAUGAAUACCUUGUAGCAUUAGUUGGUGGAGGUCGUGUUCCUUUUAUGUGCAAAGGGGGAAGAUAUUUUUUCUCCCGCACGCAAAUCCUUCCUAGGUUUUUUUUCUUAGGAAAAAAUAGAGUUUUUUAAUUCCGUUGUAUCUGGAGAUACAGAGAAAGAGAGAAAAAAAGUUCCUGUGAUGGACCUAAUAAAUACAAUUAAGAUAAUACGUUAUCUACAUCUGUUGAUAUUUAUACGACAUGAUUCGGUGAAUAAGGAGUGAAAUCGUCAGAUGUCAAACAACAACAGAGAACCGUAGUAUGGCUUUGUUUGAAUUCAGUUGGCGGAUGUUUUUCACAUGAGUUUUUUCAACGUUGAACAACAAAGGAACUCUUUAUUUUUUCUUCCCAGCAGUUUGAGUUUUACAGGCUAUUGACCUAGCUAUGUUUUUCCCACUAUUUUUUCGUAUGGUUGCUGGUCUUCAUUCACAAGUUUCUUUGAAUGCAAUACAUUACAUGGUGCACUAUUCACUAGGAUCAGAGGUAGAUUUUGGAAUCUUUCGUAUUUUUUUUGACGGAAUAUAUGCGUGUUUGUAGUUCAGUUGCUCCUUUUACCUGGGAACUCCCCUACCUGAUCACUCAUGCAACCUUCUUGGCUCGUCUGAGAGAUAAACGUGAUGCUUUUCCAGAGGGAGAUUGGGGAUCAUGCAGUUAGGACGGUUUUUUCUCGUGCCACGCCUGAGAUUGUUCAGUUAACUUUGUACCUGUGUCUGGAUAGUAGCCACAGUUCAAUUUCCUUUUCCUUUGGCCCACAUGAUUGGGUUUCUAUAUCAUCUAUACAUAUGUAUUGAGGAACUUAAUUCAGUUUCUUGGUGAGAUAGAUGCGACCUAUUCUUGUGCAGUGGAUGUGAAUCUUGGGUUCGCUAAAGUUUUACUCCUUGAACAUGGAAAGUCGCCAGUCUUAAAAGCACAAUAAGGGAAACAUGACAUGUCAUUUCAUGGAUCCAUGAUGGAUUGACGAACAAUUAAUCUAGCAUUUUGUGGUGACUAUAUUCUAUGAAUUGACCUUGUUUUCAAUUUUAUGGAAGUUUUCAGAAUUAUUUAGUGUUAUGUAGAAAUAGCAAGAGUUCUGUUGAAAAUUGAAAACAAGUCUGUAUAAAGCACAAUGAAACCAAAGGAGAAGUGCUUGAGUUUCUCUCCCAUCUGGAAGUUAUGAUGGCACUUCUUUAUCCUCCCCCCGUAUGGAGUGAUGUUCUUUUGCAAAAUUUGAAAAAUAUUAGUACAGAUAUUUUUAUUUUUUGCCUCACCGAAGUCUCGUAUCAAUAUGCUGAGUUCGUCUUUGGAUACCACUCUGAUUAUUCUUGAGUUUCCGUCCAUCAAGGCCUCCUAUUGCAUUUCAGACCUUCCAUCAGUCCUUUCAAUCAGUUUAUGCCCCCUCUUUCCUCAGCAUUGAUAAUAGCUCAACGAUUGAUCUAGUUUGCUUUAACAAUAUGCUGUGAUAUAUCAAAUAUCCACCUGGAUUCUCGGACAAAGUAUUUUCUUCAAAAGGCAUUUUCGAAGUUGGUUGGUUGACCAUAACAAUCAUAAAUCAUUAAGAAGCUGCAGUCCUGGAACGAUGAAUCAUUAUGAACGAAGUUGACCUGUGCGAGUCAGCAAGACUUACAAGAGUUGGUUUUUCAGCAUGACUCAAUCGACGAAGAUCCCUUGGAAUACCCCCUGAAUCUGUUGACCAACUUUGAUUGGGACAGAUCCACCACCUGCGUUAAUUAGGAGAAUUUUCUCGGACAUAAACAUGCGAAACCAAUCGCCUUAAAAUGGCAGAUCCAAGAGUCAUCUACUGAUUUGCUAAAUGUUUUUACUCAGUUCUCAAGUAACACCGAAUUUCCUUUUAAAGGAGGAUGCAGUCAUACACUGGCAUAAAUCUCAGUUUCUUUUGACCCUUGAUUAUGUAUUGAAAUGAUGGGUACAAGACAGCAUAUUAUGGUGAAAAGGGAGACCUUGCUUCCUUCCGCUUUAUUAUUUUGUUUCCCAUUUGUUAAAUCUCCUGGGUACCAUGGAAAUCAGUUUGUCCUAGGAGGCUUUUCCAGAAUAUCAAUGAAGUGCACGAUGGUUCUUGUGUUAAUCCUCCCUGGGUGUGAUGGUUCAAGUUGACCUGUCUUUCCAGUAAGCCUAAAUCUGGGGUCUUGAGCAGGUAAUGGAAAGCAUUUAUAAGACACAUGCUGUGACCCUAUUUAGUAACUCCACAUAUGGUUCUCUUCCGUAAUUCUUCUCCUAAGUCUAUGCAUUCUAUUUCGGAUGGUAGGCUUUUAUUGCAUUCCUGUUAUUGUGUCGUGUGUAUAGUAGUGUCCUCGUCUCCGUCAUUUGGUUUUUUAAUCACCCACCAGGCAAGCAGCUUGUACGGUGGACUUAUCAAAUCAUCGUCCUUUUUUCUACAAGUGAUGGAGAAGAAGAUUGACGACUAUGAGAAAACUCAGUAGCUGCUGAUUUGUUCCUUUUUUGAUUGUGUUUUUAGAGAUAAUAUAUCGCUCUAUGUUGAGAUUCAAAAUCUUGUAUUUACCUCCUAUCUUGCUUUCCUCUCCUCGAGGUUAUUGACGUUAAGCUUCUUCACCCACUCAUUUUGGUGGGGGAUGUGAUUAAUUCAGAAUGAUCGAUAUUUAUUACUGUUGACUUGUUCUUAUGCAUGAUUGGGAGCAUGUAGUCAUUCUGAAAUCAUAUUAUGAUGGCCCAUGUGUAGGUGACCCCAAAUGCCCAUUUCAGUGAUGACUUGGGCCUUGACAGCUUGGAUGCUGUAGAAGUUGUGAUGGCCUUGGAAGAGGAAUUCGGAUUCGAGAUCCCUGACAGCGACGCCGACAAGAUCAACUCCAUCAACCUUGCCAUUGACUUCAUCUCCUCGCACCCCAGGGCUAAGUGA